AUGCUUUAUCGUGCUGCUGCCGGAAGUGUGCUUUUCGCGCAGCUGCUGCUGGCGAUGAAGUACCCGAAUGAGAUCCUGGAAACGCCUAUGGUUUUUUGCGAGCCGGAGAGGGUUGUUGUUAAGAUCAAAACCACCUCCUCGAACCCGUCGCACAUCUACGUCGAGGAGAUGGCCGAAGAAGAGAGGUGCUCGGUGUCGAAUCAAAAUUUCCUGGCCAUCCCGGUUGGGAAAUGUGGGAUGAGCUCGGAAAGAACGGACAACCCGAUGGGCAUGAUCCAGCGCGUGUGCAUCACCGUGCAGCUCCACCCGCUUUUCGUCACCGAGGCCGAUCGGUCAUAUUGCGCGCAAUGUGUCUACGUCGAGAAUCAAGUGCUGGAGGAUUUUGAGCAGACGCUGGCUAUCAGCGAGCACCAGGCGACCGAGUUGGACCCGCAGUUUGACUUUGAGGAGACGCCAAAGUGCUCUUACCGCAUCCGCAAGAACGACAAGGAUGGGCCUGAGGUCCAUUACGCCUCGGUGGGCGAGCGCGUUUUUCAUGUGUGGAGUUGCGAGAGCGCCAACGCCGGGAUUCUCGUGCAGAACUGCUACGUCGAAGACGGGCAGGGAAAUCGAAUCCUGAUCAUCGACCAAAAUGGG